AUGGAGGGGCUCAGUGCCGCCGCCAGCGUCAUUGCUGUUAUUCAGCUUUCAGACGCUGUCUUUACCCUAUGCCGCGGUUACGUUUUGGCCGUCAAAGAUGCUCGACGAGACAUUGAGCUUUUGUGCAAUGAGGGUGGUGACCAUGCCAGAUUCCGUACCCUCCACAAGCUACCAAGAUCUCCGAACGGGCCGCUGGAGAGCUGUCAGCGCGAACUACAGGCUAUCAACGAUAUUCUGAGCCAAUACCAAGCACCUCCAG